CACCGCAUCCCGGGCCGGGCCCGGAGCGGGCAGACUCGGCUGACGGCGCGGGCGCGGUGGGCGCGGGGCUGAGCGGGGCCCGCACGGACAGCGAGACCCCCCGUGCCUCCCUGUGCUGGGCGGGGGCUCCCCGGGGUUUGACAGCGUGCCUCGGUGGUGGUGUAAACCGAGUGGGAAUCAUUGAGUUUAUCAAAUGAUAAGAAAGAAAAAGAGAAAAGAAAUUAGUGAGGAGCCUAUUCAGAAAAAGAAAAAGGUGAAGACUAGCGUUAAAAUUGAGGAAGAUGUUCAAGCUGUCAGUGAAACUGAGGACAAUGGUCAUUUCAAGAAAAAGACGAAGACAAAGAAAAAGGAAAAUUUAAAAUAUGAAUGCUUACACAAAUGGCAACCAAAGAAUAAUAAGAAAAAGAAGAAGAAAGUUGGCUCUGAAUUACUCAGAGAAGGUAAUUUAGAAAGCUUUGUGAAUAGAAAAGGUCAUUUGGAUUUACAACUUCAAGAAGAAUCAGAGAAACAAAUUAAAAUAAUCAAAAAGAAGAAAAAAAAAGUCCAGUGUCAUUUCUCCUUGGAGAAUAAUGAGAGUAGUGAUGUGGAGCUUUCAAAUCAUCGCACAGAUGGUACUAAAAAAAAUGAAUUAUCUUUUAAAAAAAAGAGAAAGAAUACUGCUUCAGAUUUGGAAUUGGAUGGUGAGGUAACAAAGAAAAAAAAGAAGAAACGCAGUUUUUUGUUAGAGGACAUCCAGGACAGUGAACAAAGGCAAUCUGCAAAAGUUGGUAAAAACCCCCACAAAUGCACUUCACAUGAAGCAGUUUCUAUGGGUGAGGACUAUGACACAGAAAAUGCCCAGAAUGGUGAGGAGAGUUAUGUGAGAAGAAAGAAGAAGAAGAAAGGUAAAUCUGAUUACUUUUUACCACUGGCAGUAAAUGAGGACUACAUGCAUCGAGUUCCUGGUAGCCCUACUGCAUUAAGUGACUUCAGAAAAAGGAAGAAAGAUAAUUCCUGGGAAUUUACAUUGACAAGCAGAGAGGAAGAGGACAAAAUUAAGAACUUUGGGUGUAUCAAAGAGAUGAAGAAGAAGAAAAAAAAAGCUGUUUCUUCCUCAGCCUAUGAAGAUAAACAAGACUGCAGUCACUGCAUUCCUGAUAAGCAUCUCCCAGCACAGCAAGAAGUUGAGCUUGAGGAAGAAGAGCUGUCUGGAAAGAAACACAGGAAGAAUUUAAAGGAUAAUAAUGAAGUCAGUAAGAAGAAAAAGAAGAAGAUUAAGAAAAAGGAAAAGGAAAAGGAAAUAACAUACUCAGAAGUUUCUUUAAACAAUGACAGUGCUUCUGAAAGCCAAAAAACACUUCUACAAAGCCAUAAGAAGAAAGAGAGUGAAAUGGAGCGAGCUCAGUGUGUUACAGGGGACACUGCAGAUGGGGCAUUAUGCAGUAGUAAUCCUGUACUGUGUGACAGAAAAAGGAAAAAAAGAGAAAAAGUACCAUCACAGGACUUAGCUGAAGAACCAGGUUCAAAAGCAGUUGCAAGAGAGAUGAAGACAGAAUCGCCAUGGAGUGAGUCAGGGGAACAUCUAGAUGACUGUGUAAUUAUUGUGCAGGAAAAGAAAGGAAACUGUGAUGAAAUUAACAUAGACAAGGUGAGGCGGCAGGCCCUGCAAGAAGAAAUAGACAGAGAAUCUGGCAAAACCAAGGCUCUCAGUUCCAAAGUGGGACAGGAUACGAAGCUUGGACAGUGGAGUACAGCUACUUUUAAAAGUUCUGAGCAACAAAUGAAGUUUUUUAGACUGAUGGGUGGCUUUAAAAAAGGUUCUGUGCCUAUCCAAAGUCCCUCAGCAAAUACAAACAAACCAAACAUGGCUCUGAACCAGGAAGGGCAGGAGAAGUUACAGCAGGCUCUGAAGAUGGAGUUUGAUAAAGCAAUGGACUUGAAGCAACGCAGAGGAAUUGGUCUUGGAUUUCAGCCUAAUGCCAACAAAAAAGUAUAUAUAGACAAAUAUGCAUCUAGAUCCAUAAAAUUUGAAGAUUAAAACUCAGAAGUAAUAAAGACGUGAAAUUUAUUUUUGCCUUCUACAUCUCUUUACUUGAAAUAAAAUAACAAAAUGCUGAAGAAAUUUCAUUUAUGAAGUACUUGAACAACUGCAUAUACCAGUGGAGCUGGGUCCUCACUUCAUCCAAACAGUAAGUUUUUCAAACCUUUAUCAUGUUCUUCAAGGCAAGAGACAGCCUGCUUCAAAGAUUGAAGAUGUGUGCCAUGCCUGCAAUUAGUUGAAAUUCAGUAGUAUUUUUUUUAAAUGCUGAUUUAAUAAACUUAUUUUUUCUAUAUCAUAAGUGAUUCAAAAGGAUUUCAUUGUUUUGUAAAAUCUUCACAUUUUUUACACAGUGGUACAAAAUGAUGGUGCUUUACUUUGAAGACACAGUACUGGUGUGCCCUCAAAUUUGAUGAGGGCAGACUUUUAACUGAUAAAGUAAUUCUUAAAAAUCUAACAUCUUCCUUAUAAUAAGACAGCAUUGAAGAUCUCUGUAUUUGAACUAUGCUCUGACAGUUGGAUUUUCAAUCAGCAGCUGUUAUCUAAAAAUGAAAGUAUAAGCAUUUUGGAGAUUAGCACAAACAGAACUACCUUUCUUUAAGACAGCUUCACUUUUCCACAAGAGUUUUCUGCAAUGGACUGCUGUACCUGAAAGCAUCUGCCUCCAGCAGAAAACACACUUAACAAAACAGCACUUGGUUCUGAUGCAUUUUGGGCAGCUCUGGAGAGGAAGUGAAAAUUCUGCUGAGACUCCACUUAAGGGGUUGCCAUGAAUCCAUUCCUGUAUCUGGGAAGAGGAAGAUGCUCUUCCUGCAGGGUCUAAACUUCUUGGAGAAAACCUGCUCCUUUAAGGUGUCAUUUAAGCCACCACUACCUCAGCAUGAUGCUGAUUUGCAUCAGUGCUCUCAGUGUUCAGCACCAGCUUCCACCAGCCCUUCUAGGUUUUGGCUCUUGUUUUACUGAAAUUCAGGUAGUUAAUGUUCUGUUUUCUCUUCUGGUUUGAAACAAAUGCUGAAUUCAAGCCCUCAGCUGCAAGGAGUAAAAAAAAAAAACACUAAGCAAAAUUAGUAAUAGAUGUAAGGUCUUAACAUGGUUCCUUACCAUGGGGCAGAACGGAUGAGAGAGAUUUAAUUAGCAAUAGUAACAGUACAUGUAACUGAAUUCCAGAAGGGUAAGGUGAUAGAUUUGUAUACACAAACACCCCCAGAACACACAGAUGAGCUGCAAAUUGUUUUAUUCAGUGAUAGUGCUCUUUGCAAAUAUAGAGGACUUGGCAUCAUUUCCAUUUUCCUUCCCAACACUUAAAGAUCCUUCUACUUUACAAAACAUCACUGGACUAAAAUGCAAACAUAAACAUGUCUAUGUAAAUGUAUUGUAGAAAUUAGAACGGUAACACCUCAGCCAUUUUUCUCUGCUACUGGAGCCAGUCAGACAAAUGCUGGCAGCAUCCCAAAGCAGAGGCACAACUUAGUCUGACUGUUCUAUGGAAAUGCUGCUUUCUGCAGAGGAGAAUGACUGUUCUGCAAGAGGGAUGAAGUUUUGAGGCUGUGAACUCAUUUGUACAGACUAUCUUCCUUUUUUGUUAAAAUUACAACAGAUCUCAAAAGGCUUUUGCAACCAUAGAGGCUCAAGACACUGCUUACUGAAUGUAAAUCAGCAUUUAAAAUAACAAUACUAUGGUAAAACUGGAUACAGAAACUCAGGUUAAAUUAUUGCACUCAGAACAGUUUUACCUUUGCUGUGCCCAAGUAAAUUUGUCUCAGUAAGGAAAAUAAAAAUACACUGAACUCCUGCAGUGAAAAUGUAAAUCAGUGAUUUCUGGCCUUGGUUCCAUGCUCCCUUGUGCAGGUGACUCCUUGGAAGAGGCACUCAUCAGGUCCUGGACUGCAGAGGAAGCCGGAGGGCCAAGUCUGUGAAAUGACUCAUUUCAGGUUGUUUGCUCCUCCUCUUGAUGUACUCUAGGGUUUUCACCUAGAUUUGAAAAGAAAGGUAUUUGGAGAUGUUCAGUGUCUUAUUUCACAGCCGUCAGUUCAUCUUUGUGAAGGUGUUUUAUCAUGCUCAUUAUCAUGUGUAUGUUUCUUACAGGCUCUCAAAUGCCACUUUACAAGCUUUCACCAGGCAGUUCCUCCACAAAAUAAAAAUGCAGCAUUUCUCUUCAAGCUAGUUUUCUGUACUGAACAAAAAGUUAAGAACAAUCAACACUUUCAGAUUUCUUAAUGCCUGUCAUACUAUUAAAAUUCUAGAAAGAUGCAGACCACUUGAAAUAAGAAAAGCUGCUUGUUCAUUAAGAAGCAUUUAGAAGAAUAACUUGCUGGGGUUUUAAAAUAACUUGAUUUUUUUUAAGUUAGCUUGUAAAGAGAUGAGGUUUAUUCAGAUCAAGAAAAUGUUACCUUUUCCCAAAUAAAGAGUGGAAAAAGAUAUUAAAAACUAAAA